GAGACAGAUGGUUCAAACUAUUAUACUAUAUAUAAUAUAUCUGAUCCAACUAUAGUUUUUAGUACUUCUGAUAGUGAAAUUGGAGCGAUAUUUCCUGCAAAAGAAGAUGUUCCACAUGCAAUUCAAUAUUUAUUUUAG